AAAACCUGGUGAACAUUUUAGAACAUGGGGAACACAACUACAAAAAAGAUGGAAAAAACUUGGUCUAGAUGAAUGUCUUAAAACAGAAAACUUGAAUGACUGUAUGACUCUCUGUCAUGAUCUUGAACAAUACGAUCCAGAAAUUAAGAAGAGACAAGAAAGACCAAAAAAAGACCUAGAGUUUAGAGAGCAAGAAGAGUUGGGAAUGGCAGUUAAAAGAAGAGCUAUAGCU